AUGGACAUCAAUAAUGCCUUUCUUCACGGUGACUUGAACGAAGAAGUAUAUAUGUCUUUACCUCCUGGUUUUCACAGCAACAAGCCGAAUCAAGUAUGUAAACUUCGACGAUCUCUAUACGGAUUGAAACAGGCCAGUCGCCAAUGGAACUCCAAGCUCACUGCUGCUCUAGUUCAGAAUGGAUUCCAUCAGUCCAAAUCUGAACCAUCUUUGUUUACUAGAGGUAUGGAUACCAAUUUCAUUGCUUUGUUGAUCUAUGUGGACGAUAUAAUAGCUGCCAGUCCGAGCAUAUCUGUCAUCAAAUCUGUUAAGCAAUUCUUAGACAAAGAGUUUAAAAUUAAAGAUCUUGGCCCCCUAGGCUACUUCCUUGGAAUUGAAGCUAGCAAAGUGAAAGGAGGCAUGAAUCUUUGUCAACGAAAAUUCGCUCUGGACAUCUUAGAAGAGGCUGGUUUCCUGGAAAGUAAGCCAGUACCAACCCCCAUGGUUCAAGGCUUAAAGCUAGCUCGUAAUGAUGGCACACCCCUGGCAGAUCCGACCAUAUUCAGAAGAUUGGUAGGGAGAAUGCUAUACCUUACUGCCACAUGCCCAGACAUAGCAUACUCCGUUCAACAGCUCAGUCAAUUUGUUGAUUGUCCUACGGACAAACACUUAAUAGCCGCUCAUCGUAUACUGCGUUACAUUAAAUUGUCACCUGGCCAAGGCUUACUAUAUACUUCAGAUUCUCAACUUCAGCUCAGAGUCUUCUCAGACUCCGACUGGACAGCAUGCGGUGACACUCGAAGGUCCAUCACCGGAUAUUGUGUAUUUCUAGGUGACGCCCUUGUGCCAUGGAAAUCCAAGAAGCAGAUGAAAGUGUCUAGGAGUUCCUCCGAAGCCGAAUACAGAGCCUUGGCAGCCACAGUCUGUGAGGUACAAUGGCUUGUCUAUCUCUUACAAGACUUGCACAUCCAGCUGGACAAACCAGCCACCUUAUUCUGCGACAGCAAAUCCGCUAUAGCCAUAGCGGAGAAUCACGUCUUCCACGAACGCACCAAACAUAUUGACAUCGACUGUCAUAUCGUUCGGGAGAAACUUAACCAAGGCCUCAUUAAGCUUCUGCCCGUAUCCUCCGCCAAUCAAGUGGCCGAUGGUUUUACUAAGCCUCUUGGCUCUCAGAUGUUCCAGACCUAUGUAUCUAAGCUGGGCGUUCAAAAUUUACACGCUCCAGCUUACGGGGGGGUAUUAGAGCAUGAUGUAGAAGGGGAUAAUGUGAAUUAG